AUGUAUGGCACUCCAACCUCACGGCCUCUCGCCUACGCCCCAACGCCCUACACCUACGCUCCUACCAGCACACUCUCUGCCCGCAUCAAUCUUGACGAAGAAGUGAAACUCGCCGACUCCACCGCGGAACGCGACCUUAUCGACUCCCUCGCCGAAAUAUACAGUAUCAUCCGCACCCUCGACGGCCUCGAAAAGGCAUACAUCAAAGAUGCCUUGCCUGAAUCGGAGUACUCGGACAUGUGCUCUAAACUCCUGAAACAAUACCGCUCGAUCUUGAACGACGACAAUGUUGCACACGAGUUUGUGGAUCUAGACACCUUCACCGCGAAAUGGGGCAUCGAAUGCCCCAGAGCCAAAGAGCGCUUAAGAGUCGGAUUGACUGCAGACGAAGUGAUUACCGUGCAAAAAGCAGCGCCAGGGUCAACGGCCCCGACGGGUGGUGCGUCCGGGAGUCUGAUUCUCGCUGCGACGGAGAACUUCAUUACAUUCCUAGACGCAUUGCGGUUGAACAUGGUUUCGAAGAGUGCGUUACACCCAUUACUCUCGGAUGUCAUUCAGUCUGUGAAUAAAGUGACGGAUCAGGAUUUUGAACAUCGAGGGAAAAUCAUUCAAUGGCUCAUUACACUGAAUCAGAUGAAGACUUCGGAGGAAUUGAGUGAUGAACAGGCAAGGGAUUUGGCGUUUGAUAUGGAACAGGCAUACAACGGAUUUAAAUCCAUCAUUCAAUGA